CGGAAUGGCCAAUCUCGAGCUCCUCGAUCCUUUUGCUCAGGACUACCCCGAGACUCUUGUAACCCAAUUAUCAUUUGGACACGCUUGCUGUCUCCGGUUCAACAGGACAGGCUCUCAUCUAGCAGCUGGUCUACUGGAUGGCAGUGUGGUAAUAUGGGACUUUCUCACCCACGGCCCUGUGCGCACGCUGAAAGGUCACACUCGUCCAAUCAACUCUGUCAGUUGGUCUCGUUGUGGUCGAUACGUCCUGUCAGCGGCUCGCGACUGGAAGCUUGUGCUCUGGGAUCUCCAAGAUGGUAGCCGCUUGCAUACCGUCCGGUUCGAAGCGCCUAUAUGGGGAGCUGAUAUGCAUCCUUCCAACCAUCUCAUAUGUGUCGCCGCCCUUUUCGAAGACAAGCCAUGUCUGGUGGACAUGUCGUCUGGCGAAGUCGUGAAGCACGUCCUGCCGACAGUACCGCUACGGUCACAAGAAGACAUUGAAGGAAUGACUGAGAAACAAGUAGCAAGCGAUGCGAGCCAACAGACUCUUGUUACCAUUUGGGACAAAUCGGGUAGCUAUAUCUUGAGCGGAACAAGCAAGGGAUGGAUCAACAUUAUCGCCUACCCAUCGCUCGACAUCGUCAAAAGCAUCAGAAUUGGCAACACAAACAUCAAGCACAUGAGGCUGAGUCCAUCUGGGCGAGAACUCGUGCUCAACCCAGCAGAUCGUAUCAUCCGUACCAUACAAUUACCAGAUCUGGCGACAGUAACGGUGGAGGCCGAAAUCGAAAUAGAAUACAAGUUCCAGGAUGUUAUCAACCGACUACAAUGGAAUGCUGCCGCUUUCUCUCAAUCGGGCGAUUACGUUUUGGCAGCUUCUCAUAAACGAACAGAGAUCUAUAUUUGGGAGCGUGCGUCGGGUACACCUUUGGUUAAGAUUUUGGAAGGUACAAGAGAGGAGUUGGUGGACAUGGACUGGCAUCCGGUACAGCCUUUGGUCGUGGCGGCUGGUUUAGAGCAGGGUGUGAUAUAUGUAUGGGCAAUACCACAGGCGGAGAACUGGAGUGCACUUGCUCCGGACUUCGUCGAGUUGGAGGAGAACGUCGAGUACGAAGAAAGAGAAGAUGAGUUCGAUAUAGUUGAUGACGAAGAGCUCAACAAGCGGAAAGCGGUAAACGAAGAUGAAGACGUUGAUAUCACUACCAUCGACCAGCGUGAAUUGGACCAGGAAGGAUUCAGAAUACCCGUUAUACUCGAGAAGGAUGAGGAGUUAAUACAAGUGGAGCACGUCCAAUCACCCGUACAACCGAGGACGGUUAAACCAAGCACGAAGGAAGUCAACGGCGGAUUGAAAAGGAAGCGCUGAGAACUAUCUAGUAUUGAC